UGACCAGCCGGGCCGGUGAUGGCGGAGGCUGCGAGGCGGUAGGGAAAAAUCUUUAUAUAACGCCUUAAUUACCGGCCCACAGACACCCUAGCAGCACAAUGGCGUUAAUACUACCAAGACAGAUGACCCGAGCGUUGCUGAGGACGAGGGGCAUGUGUCAAGCGGGCGUGGGAGCCACAGCAUGGACGCAGAGGGCCGGCUAUCAGAACUUCCCCAUGCCACCCAACUACGACCAUAUCGAGGUCCCCAAGGACCGGCAGAAGCUGAAGUUUCAGAUGAAGGUUCCUCAGUUCUUGGGCACCGCGCGGCCUAUCAAGAUGACCAAGAGGCUUGACCUGAUCCGCGGGGAGGAGGAGAUUCACCGCGACCUGUUGCUCCAGCAGUACGGCAUCAUUGCUCGUCGAGGGGGGAUGCUUCGCCACGGGCACAUGGAGAUGAUCCGUAUGACCAUCGCAAGGAAGAUCGACAUUAGCAAGAUGUUCGCCAUAUGGAGGAUCGACGCGCCCUGGAAACCCAUCACCAAGAAGGGCCAGGGCAAGCGCAUGGGGGGCGGCAAGGGCUCCAUCGACCACUACACCACGCCCAUCAAGGCCGAGCGGGUCAUCAUUGAGGUUGGCGGGAAGUGCACAUUUGAGGAGGUUAAGCCGAUCCUGAAGAUGCUCGCCGAGAAGCUGCCGUUCCCCGCCGACGCUGUGAGUCACGAGAUGCUGGUGGCGCGGCGAGAGGAGGAGGAGAGGCUGGAGCGCGAGAACCUCAACCGCUACACCUUCAAGUACAUCGUCCAGAACAACAUGAUCGGGUGCCACAAGUGGAUCAAGAACAUCGACAAAGUGUACUUCGGAAAAUACACGUAACGGGAGAAGGUUAGGUGGAUGUAGAUAGAGAGUGGUGAGGUGGAGGAAUGGUGGAUGUGGAGUUGAAGGAUGUGGAUCAAUAAUGUCGACAGUACGUAUAUACUUCGGAAAAUGGCAAAACACAAGUAACGGAAGGGUAGGUGGAUGUAGAUAGAGGUGUGGUGGAUGAGUUGCAUAGGUGGAUGUGGAUCAAAAAUGUCGACAAUACAUAUAUACUUCGGAAAAUAGCAAAGCACGAGUAACAGAAGGGUAGGUGGAUAUUGAUAGAGGGUGGAGAGGUGGAAUAGUGGAUGAGUUGCAUACAUUGAUAAAGAGAUGGCGAAAGAAGAGGCGGAAUGGUGGAUGAAUCAGUUGCAUAGAGGUCAUACGGGUGAUGCCUUGUAUUAUAAUUCUUACUACAUGUGUGUCAUAUAUAAGUAUGGAAUUAGCGAGUGUUUGUGCAGCUGUUUCGAGAGAGCCUGGGUUCGAUUCCCGGGCGGAGUGGAAAAAUUUGGGCGGCUUUUCCGAUACCCUACGCCCCUGUCCACCCAGCAGUGAAUGGGUACCAGGUAUUAAUCGGGGGUUGUGUCCUGUCUCCUGGGGUCUGUUCCCUUCUCCUAUACUUCCUUCCCCUUCUGUCUCUCUCUGGCAUAUGACCACAGAUGUUGCACCAACUAAACGAAACUUUCCAAACUUGUGCAGCUGUUGAAAGAUGAAAUAGAGAGAAGAGUAGGAAAUUUAGAACCAGCAGAAGUAUAAGCUCAACAAAUACCUCCUAAUCCAAUACUGUAUCCACCCGUUGUUAAUAUUUAAAGCCUCAUUCGCAGCUGAGUGUAUGCACGGAAAUUUUAUAAGAAAAAUAAAUCGCAAUAGCACAGAA